ACAGAGACUGCAGCUAUUUUGAGGGUGGAGGAGGAGCUUUGGCCUGGUGUCUAUAAACUGAUGGUGGAGGUGAAAGACCAGCAGGGAAAGUCUUGUGAAACCCCACAAAAGUUGAAUGUCCAUGUCUGUGUCUGCGAGGAUGGAGAUGUCUGUGCAAACCGAGCCUACAUGGGUGGGACUGAGAAGCUGUCGGAGCUUGGAGCUGCAGCCAUCGGCCUGCUUUUUCUGGGACUGCUGCUUUUACUGCUCAUUCCUUUGUUGAUGAUCCUCUGCCAAUGUGGAAGUGCUGCAAAAUAUAAGAACCUCUUUACUGAUGUGACUUAUUCUACAAAAUCUCAUCUCAUUCACUACCACACUGAAGCCCCCGGAGACAAUGUGGCUGUGGACUUCGAGGAUGUAAAAAACCCUGAACCUAGGGCUAGAGGUGCGCAACAAGGCCCCCAUGUUUGACGGAUCUAUUCCCAAUGGUGGAGCUAGUAUUGUUUUUGGAGGAGGUCCCAG